AUGGUGGCCCCGGAGUCUGGAGUGAUGACUCAGGAUGGGUUCCAUGCUGCUGGUUCAGGUGCAGGAAAACCAGCUCUGUGUCCAUGGAGGAGCACAGUCCAGUUUAGGAGCCCCAGGCCAAACCUGGCUUCAAGCUUCCACACUGGACGGCCAUACAGCACACAGGCUGCUGAGGACCAGAAGGAGGAGCCCCUGCACUCUAUCAUCAGCAGCACAGAGAGUGUGCAGGGUUCCGUUUCCAAACACGAGUUCCAGGCUGAGACAAAGAAGCUUUUGGACAUCGUCGCCCGUUCAUUGUACUCAGAAAAAGAGGUGUUUAUACGGGAGCUGAUCUCCAAUGCUAGUGAUGCCUUGGAAAAACUGCGUCAUAAGUUGGUGGCUGACGGCCAGACGCUGCCAGAAAUGGAGAUUCACUUGCAGACCGACGCUGAGAAAGGCACCAUCACUAUCCAGGACACUGGCAUCGGGAUGACACAAGAAGAGCUGGUAUCCAACCUGGGGACGAUCGCCAGAUCAGGGUCAAAGGCCUUUCUGGAAGCGCUGCAGAACCAGGCCGAGGCCAGCAGCAAGAUCAUCGGGCAGUUUGGAGUGGGCUUCUACUCGGCCUUCAUGGUAGCUGACAGGGUGGAGGUCUACUCCCGCGCGGCAGCCCCGGGGAGCCUGGGUUACCAGUGGCUCUCAGACGGCUCUGGAGUGUUUGAAAUUGCUGAAGCUUCAGGAGUUAGAACCGGGACAAAAAUAAUCGUCCACCUCAAGGCAGACUGCAGAGAGUUCACCAGCGAGGCCCGGGUUCGAGAUGUGGUAACAAAGUAUAGUAACUUUGUCAGCUUCCCUUUGUACCUUAAUGGAAGGCGCAUUAAUACUUUGCAGGCCAUCUGGAUGAUGGAGCCCAAAGAUAUCAGUGAGGGGCAGCACGAGGACUUCUACCGUUAUAUCGCUCAGGCUUAUGACCAGCCCCGCUACACCCUGCACUACAAGACGGACGCGCCACUCAACAUCCGGAGCAUCUUCUAUGUGCCCGAGACGAAACCGUCCAUGUUUGAUGUGAGCCGUGAGCUGGGCUCCAGCAUUGCACUGUACAGCCGCAAAGUCCUCAUCCAGACCAAGGCCACGGACAUCCUGCCCAAGUGGCUGCGCUUCGUCCGAGGUGUGGUGGACAGCGAGGACAUCCCCCUGAACCUAAGCCGGGAGCUCCUGCAGGAGAGUGCUCUCAUCAGGAAACUUCGGGAUGUUUUACAGAAGAGGCUAAUAAAAUUCUUCGUUGACCAGAGUAAAAAAGAUGCUGAGAAAUAUACAAAGUUUUUUGAAGAUUAUGGCUUGUUCAUGAGGGAGGGCAUCGUGACCACUGCCGAGCAGGAGGUUAAGGAGGACAUAGCGAAGUUGCUGCGCUACGAGUCCUCGGCAUUGCCCGCCGGGCAGCUGACCAGCCUCACAGACUAUGCAGGUCGCAUGCAGGCCGGCACCCGCAACAUCUAUUACCUGUGCGCCCCCAGCCGCCACCUGGCUGAGCACUCACCCUACUACGAAGCCAUGAAGCAGAAGCACAUGGAGGUUCUGUUCUGCUAUGAGCAGUUUGAUGAGCUGACCCUGCUGCACCUUCGUGAAUUUGACAAGAAGAAGCUGAUCUCUGUGGAGACGGACAUCGUCGUUGAUCACUACAAGGAGGAGAAGUUUGAGGAUGGGUCCCCAGCCGGCGAGUGCCUGUCUGAGAAGGAGACAGAGGAGCUGAUGGCCUGGAUGAGAAAUGCCCUGGGGUCACGCGUUGCCAACGUGAAGGUGACUCUUCGACUGGACACCCACCCUGCCAUGGUCACCGUGCUGGAGAUGGGGGCCGCCCGGCAUUUCCUGCGCAUGCAGCAGCUGGCCCGGACCCAGGAGGAGCGUGCACAGCUCCUGCAGCCCACACUGGAGAUCAACCCCCGGCACACGCUGAUCAAGAAGCUCGAUAAGCUGAGGAAGAGUGAGCCCGACCUGGCCCAGCUACUGGCUGACCAGAUCUAUGAGAACGCCAUGAUAGCGGCUGGCCUCGUGGACGACCCCAGGCAGAUGGUGGGCCGCCUGAAUGACCUGCUCGCUAAGGCCCUGGAGAGGCGCUGAUGGCAGGGAGCAAGAACUGGACCCCAGAGUUGAAGACCACCUGCCUGAGCUUUAUUUACCUGAAUUAAAAGGGACUUCUUAAAGCUA